AUGACCUUCUUCAGCCAGCGGCACAACAUCCCGUGCUACGCGCUUUCCCUGCGCGGGCACGGCGGGAGCUUCUACCCGAGCUUCCUGCGCAUGCUUUACGCGACGUUCAAGAGCGAUCUGGCGGAUGAUCUUGUCGCGGGGAUCGAGUUCGCCGAGAGGCGGGAGCGGGAGACGGGCGCGGAGGAUGGGAGGGUCGUGCUGGUGGGUCACUCGAGUGGAGGGGGGUUGAGCCAGGAUGUGCUGAGUAGGGGGAGGGUGAGGGUUAGGGGGUUGGUGCUUGCGGCUGCGGUGCCGGGGUAUGGCUCAAUGGGCGUCUAUACCAACUGGUGGGCCCUCGACCCCUGGUUCUCCCUCCGCAUGCUGCUCCACGGCUGGCACCCCAAGUCCCCCCUCAGCAGCACGGCGCUAGUGAAGCGCGUUUUUUUCUGCAACGAGAUGCCUGAGUCCCGCGUCCAGGAGUUCGAGAAGCAGAUGAGCAUGUACGAGAGCUUUUGGUGGCCGGUGGGCAUGAUGUACCAUUUCGCCUCCGCCACAGCCGUCAUGAGUAGUAUCGUUGGCUGGGGAGCAGGAAAGGGGGAGAGGCUGCUGGUGCUUGCGGGAGAGAAGGAUGUGCUGAUGACGAAGGAUGUGAUGGAGAAGCUCGCGGAAUUCUAUCGUGGGGGGUUUGAGGAGUUGGUGAGGGGGAAGAAAAUUGAGGCGGAGGCUGAGGAGGUCAGAGUCAAGAAGGGAGGGAGGAGCAGGGGAUUGGGUGUCAGGUUGGCGACGGUGGAGGGCGCGGGACAUCAUUUGCAGAAUGAUCUUCAGUGGGAAGACGGCGCGGAGCAGGUUCUGGAGUUUUAUCGGCAGCUUUGA